ACAGUUUUAAAAAUUCAAAUUAAAUUAACGACAUGUUUCACAUAAACCUACGACCUUAAUGCCCUACAAACGAUGAAACGGAGCUGGAAAAAAAUCAGCUAGCAGCUGCGACGACGUUUCUAUUGUUUGUGCUAAAGAGCAGGGUCAACAGAUUCGGUUCUCCGUGAACGUCACACCUCACUUUUUAAAAAAAGAAGUUAUGGCGGAGACAACUACUUCUUGGAACACAACUAUUAUACUCAGCACUGCGCUAAAGAACCACACCAUAAGCAGGAUGCUAAUGGCACAACAGCAUCGUAUCAGAUUCUCUGAAACUGUUGAGAAAGGAGCCUUAAUUUUUCCUCUGUCAGGGAAUGCAUUUCUGUUGGUUGAUCUUCAGAACCAUCUGGAACCUUCCGAGGAGUCAGAACUCAUUAAAAGGAUAGACAUUUUUAGUCAGGUUCAUCGCAACAGCUUUCUGCUUUUCUAUCUACCUUUUAGUGGGAAAAGGGGUCUUCAGAUACUGUCUGAUAUUCAGUGCAGAUUCUUUCACACAAAAGUCCGAAUUUUACCUGUACGAAACAACAAUGAGGUCCUCAAUGGAAUGCUGACAAUCGCUAAGGCCACCAGUAAGUCCCACAUGGACAGUAUCUGUUUCCGGAUGUCUCUGGCUCAGGCCCACAUUGUUGAAAGUAGUGGCGUAUGGGAGUUUCUCAAAGGCACACUCAGCUGGUAAAAAGGUCAUCACAGCUUUGUUUUUGUCGUGGUUGUUAUUUAGCCGGAGUCGAGGGAACAUGGACGUGACAAGUAAACUGGUUUACAGAAUAGUUGUUGUGCUUGUUUGACAAAGGAAAUAUUUCAACAGUGUUUGGCUUCAGUACAUUUGCACCAAAAGGAAUUUCCAUUUCCAAAAGGAAAAAGUAUUUUCAGUGGUUCAGUUAAAAAAAUUACAUGUUGAUUGUUUUAUAGUAAUUUUAAUUUUGUUGGGUCAGAAAAAUUUGUAGUUGCCGUGGUUUUUGAAUCAGUUCCAUUUGCAAUGAUAUUCAAAUGGGUGCAAUGACGGUGGUUAGAAGAGUGUCUACUAUUGUAUGUAUCAGAACUAAUUAUUAUUACAUUGUUUGGGAAGUCUGUAUUAAACAAGUAGCUCUCAGUUUCACCAGGCGUCACCACCCCUGGUCUAGAGACUCACACACGAGUAAGCAGUUAGCUUUAAUGUCCAGCAGGGGGAGUCGUGUAACACCAUUAAAGAGCAGUGAACAGUGAACAGCUUGUGCUGGUUUCUAUUUCCAAAAUAAUUUUUUUUUACAUAUCAUAGCUUUUAAGUAAAAAAAACUGUUUCAUGAUAGAAUCUUAAAAAUGUGAGAAAACUUGAUUUA